AAUGAGUUUGUUACAUCAGUUGCACUGGCAGGAGUGAGUGAAUGACUGAGUGAGGAGUCCAUGAGCUACGGAAAUAUAUUAAAAGGCAACAGCUGAAGAAGCCAUGCCCCGGAUCGCAUGGAAUGCGGUAGACGGUGAGCGAACGGGACUUUUAUGGAAACUUGCUACGGGGGAGACGUAAUUUUACCCAAACGACAUUGAGAGUGGUCAGUGGUGGUUGAAAUCUGCACAGCAGCUCCCGUUUUAGUCUAAGAACUUCUUUGGAUUUACCACACGUCGUCCCGAAGAUCCACUGUAGAGAGAAUCAAAGCUCACCUAUUGAGGAAGGUGUGGAGCAAGGCUGAAGGUGCUUAAUCAGAAACCAGGUUCGAGAAGAGCGAGAAGGAACCAUGACCGACGUGGCACAGAAAGCCAAGAUACUUCUAUCUACAUCUAAACCCGUUCAUAAAUCAUACGUGCCAAAGCUGGCUAAGGGGGAUGUUAAGACUAAGUUCGAAGCCAUGCAAAAAGCACGGGAGGAAAGGAGCAAGAGGAGAUCUGGAGAAGAAAGGAAGAAGAGAAACGAACAGUAUAAGAAGGAGAAGGAAUGGACAAAGAUAAAACAAGAGCUAAGGGAACUUCUUGCUUCAGAUGACGAAGAUGAGAACAAAUUGAAUGAACUGAAGAAGGCAUACGUGCCUAAACUGACAGGGACAGUUAAAGGCAAGUUUGAGGAAAUGGAAAAGAUAAGGCAAGAGGAGGAGAAGAAAAGAACGGAGGAAGAGCGCAAGAGAAGGGUUCAGCAGGACAUCCUGGAGAAGAGGAAGCUACAACGUGAACUCGCAAAGAAAUCCGCAGAGGAAAAAGAUGAGGGUCUGGAGAGCACGCCCGCCUGCAAGAGUGAAGUCCGUCCUGGGAAGUUAAAACUCAGCUUCGAGGAAAUAGAAAGGCAGAGACAGGACGAGGAAAAGAGAAGAACAGAGGAGGAAGCGAGACGGCGCAUCGAGGAAGAAAAAGCAGCCUUUGCUGAAGCAAGAAAGUGUCUGGCUGAAGAUGAGGAAGAUCUACCCAGUCUCAGUGUGGCUCAGAAGGAUCCAAUGCGGCCCGGGAAACUAAAGCGAAGUUUCGAGGAGCUGGAGAGGCAGCGCCGUGAGGAGGAGCAGCGCAAAGCAGAGGAAGAGUCUCGCAAGCGCUUGGAGGAAGAGAGGAAGCAAUUUGCCGAAGCUCGGAAAAAUAUGGUAUUUGAUGAUGAUCCAGCCGACACCAAAGAAACAUCUUCAGAUUCUGAAGAUGUGCACAGCCCACGCAAACUGGAAAUCAACUUUGAAGAGCUUUUGAAACAAAAGAUGGAGGAAGAGAAGAGACGGACAGAAGAGGAGCGACGGCAGAAACUAGAACAGGAGAAACAGGAAUUUGAACAGCAACGACAGGAAAUGGGAGAGGAUGAAAUCAAUGAGAGCACUGAAGUUGUGAGUACGGAGUAUGAAGAGCUAAAGAGGCUAAAAAGAACGGGUUCCAUUCAAGCCAAGAAUUUAAAGUCAAAGUUUGAAAAGAUUGGUAAGCUAUCGGAGGAGGAAAUACAGAAGAAGAUUGAAGAUGAAAGGGCCAAGAGGAGAGCAGAGGACCUGGAGAUAAAGGAAAGAGAAUCUGAGCGAUUCAGAGAGGAAGGAAUAGAAGAGGUCACAAGGGAGCCCAAAAGAGAUGAUGCUCCAUUUACUCACAAGGUUGAUAUGCGAGCUCGCUUUGAACAAAUGGCUAAAGCAAGAGAGGAUGAGGAAAGGAGAAGAAUUGAAGAACAGAAACUUCAACGGAUGCAAUUUGAGCAGAAGGAAAUUGAUGCAGCAUUGCAAAAGAAAGGGGAUGAAGAGGAGGAAGAGGAAGGGAGCAUUAUUAAUGGAUCAACCUGUGAGGAUGACACAGAUGAACUCAUUCGGUCUGGCGCUCCAUGGUUCAAGAAGCCCCUCAAAAACACAUCCGUUGUGGACGGCGAGCCUGUAAGGUUCACUGUAAAAAUCCUGGGAGAACCCGCACCAGGAGUUACGUGGUGGUUUGAGGGCGAAAUGUUACAGGACUGCGAGGACUAUCAAUACAUUGAAAGAGGAGAAACUUACUGCCUUUACCUACCUGAAACCUUUCCUGAAGACGAAGGAGAAUACAUGUGCAAAGCUGUCAACACCAGAGGAACAGCUGCUAGCACUUGCAUUCUCACCAUUGAAAGUAAGAGUUAAAUUUUGUACAACGGCACUUUUUCUAAAAGUAGGAAACCCGUAAACUCAUCCACACAUACACCAAGUAAAACAAACUAUACUUACAACUUUCAGCUUUUUUCAAUGGCAACUAAUUUCUUUAAUUUUCUCUUCUCUUUUAGCUGAUGACUACUAAAUCUGAUGGAAUUUCCUUUCUGUCCUCAACCUUUACUACAUCUGUCUUUCCCCUCUGAUGGGGCCAAAAAAAAAUUAAUUAUCCUAUCACCCUUGGAAAAAAUUGCUGUAGUGUUGAUCGUCAUUCCUUUCACGGUUAACGCAUAGCCUAGGAAAAAUGCAUGAGGUUUACAUAAUGGUUUUAUUUGGUCAGUUUUAAUCAUUUUAAAAUUAUCGUGAUGUUAUUUAACAGAUGCUUUAAUAUCUACAGAUUAUUGUUAACAGCGGAGCCCACUUAGGAAUUAGUCGAGUCUAUGAACCUAUGAAUUUUUAAAAAUUCUAAUCCAGUGUUAUCUCACUUAUUGAUCACCACUUUGGUCAAACAUCAGCAAGAUGCUGGUUUUAAAAUAACUUGGUUAGAAUUGUCCAUUGUGAAAGCCCACUUAACUUUGCAUACAGAAGUUUUUUAUUAAAUACAACAUGGAAAUUAAUUGUUGAUUAUAUUCAAUGAGUUGUCUACAUACAGAGAAAGCUUUUAUUUAAUCACUGUAAAAAUAACCAUGAGGCCUUACAUACAAAUUGUCCAUGGACAAUGAAUGAUGCUCCUUCAAGCAACGUAGAACAAUGGGCCUGAGAGACAUUACAUAUUGCAUGCUGGACAAUCUGUGACCCUCAGAAAUGCUCUCCAUGCAGAAUGUACUUUUUUUGUAAACAGUUCAACUUCUCAACUGUACUGAAUUUCAGAUACCAUUUAAAACUUACUUUGAAACAAAA